UGCCCUCUGCUGCCCUCUUGUGUUUGAUAAUCGGUCCCUCGUGUUGUUUAUUUUAAACUGUGCAAUUUAGUCGCUUUUACCUGUUAAAAUAAUUAAUUAUGUUUAAUUAACGUGAAUUUUCGCCAAGCUACAGUCUACCUUUAUUUAUAGCAGGUUGAUGAGAGUUACGAGUAGUUUCCGGACGUUUCUAAUCGGAUUAGAUGACAUUUAAAGAAGGUUUAAGCGUCUGAUAACGGCUAAGACGACACUACAGCGUUUUUUUCUGUUUUAUAAACCACAUAAAAAUGCCUCUUUUCGUAAACCGUGACCAGAUAUUCGCACAUCAGGUCCACCUGCUGGAGCACAAACUGAGAAGUAAAGAGGAGCGAAUACUGGAACUGGAGACAGAGAAUGCAAUUCUUCAUAUAAGGCUAGCAGAGUCUUUGUGGAAAGUGCGUCGGGAGCAAGAGGAGGACGCCAAGGCCCUCCACCGUCAACAAGAACAACAAGAGGAGAAGAAGCUCACCCGCUUCGCCAUCGCCAAACUCAUUUCUGAGGUCCAGGCUUUGAAGCAGUGCCUCAGUGAGGUUUUUGCAGUCUAUGUGAGUUUUGCCGCUGAGCUAGAAGAGCAGAGCAAGCAGCUUCAGGAGAAGGUGGCACUGCAGAGCAGCGCUUCUCUGGAAGGAUGCAGAGAAGAAGAGUGUCAAAAUUUCCAGGCCCGGUUGACCGCUCUGGAGUGCUCUCUGGAGGAGGAGCAGGUGAAGUUCAAGGCGGAGAGGCAGAGGAGGAAGGACCUCCAUAACACGUUGGUGGAGUUGCGAGGGAACAUCCGAGUCCACUGUAGGGUGCGUCCUCUUCUACCCUUCGAUCACGUGCAGGCCUCUCCUCUUGGGUCAGGGCCCGCGUCGUUGGAGCAAAUUGUGCACGCAAUCAGUGAUGAAACGGUUGUAGUGAACUGCAUGAAGGCAGGAGUCCCAGUACAAAGCAAGAUGUUUGAGUUUGAGAGGGUGCACGGGCCAGAGGAUUCCCAGGAAACUGUAUUCGAGGAAGUCAAGCCUCUCCUCACGUCUCUGCUGGAUGGCUACAACGUAUGCAUCAUGGCGUACGGGCAGACAGGAAGUGGGAAAACUCACACAAUGAUGGGAUCCCCCGCCUCGGAAGACCACUCAGGGCUGCAGCAAGGUGUCAUCCUAAAGGCCGCCACAGAGUUAUUUCGGCUGAUCUCAGAGAAGCCUCCAGCCAGCCACACGGUGGAGAUGUCUGCGAUGGAGGUGUACAACAACGACGUGUUUGACCUGCUGGCCGGAGAUGAGCCGCCGUACUCCAGCGCAUUCCAUCGCCGGGGGAGCAUUGCUGCGUCUUCCGGUUCCAGCCAGAUCUCCUCCCUCACACAGGAGCCUGUGAGUGACAGCUGUGAAGUCAUGCAGAUCAUGAGCAGAGUGCUGAGGCUCAGAGCUCACUGUCCCACUCUUGUGCACGCCGACUCCUCUCGCUCCCACCUCAUUGUCACGCUCACUAUUUCCUCAAAGAGCCCCAGUGCUCAAGCCCAGGCGUGCAGGCUGCAGAGCACCAAGAAGACCGUGCAACACUCCACCCAGAGGCAGUGGUGGAGCCCACGUUGUCGCCGCAACAACCCCGCCACGCGACACUCCCCGGAUGAUAGCCCCGGGAGCCCCGCCUCUUCACAUUGCCCCUCCCCUUCGCAGUCACCUUGCCCCUCCCCAAAAUUGAGCACCUCCGGGGCCCCGUUCAGGACCAAGCUGCAGCUUGUGGACCUUGCAGGGAGUGAGUGUGUUGAUAUGACCGGAGUUUCAGGUGCAGCCCUGUGGGAGGUGUCCUGUAUCAACCGCAGUCUCUCGGCCCUGUCGGACGUCCUUGGCGCACUGGCCGAGCAGCGGCCUCACGUCCCCUACAGGAACAGCAAGCUCACACACCUCCUCCAGGACGCCAUAGGUGGCGACGCAAAGCUGCUGGUGAUGCUGUGUGUGUCUCCAACCCAACGCUACAUCACUGAGUCCCUCCAGACUCUGGGAUUUGGCGCACGGGCCCGCCAGGUCCAACGAACUCCCGUGAGGAAGAAGAGCAACACUUCCAAAGUUAAGUGAAGAAAGGAAACGUUACAGGAAAUAUACCUGUUGGAUCCAAACGUUUGUUCCUCCAUUGAUCCAUCGCUAAUUCACAGCCUUAAACAGGUAAUUAUUCUAUAAAUCAGAUUUUACUGCUGAAUCACUUGUCUCUAUACUGGCUAAAGGAGCAGAUAUUUUUGUAAUUACUGAGUUAUAUUAACCUAGUAUACUAUAGUUAUCUCUCUCUCUCUCUCUCUCUCUCUCUCUCUAUAUAUAUAUAUAUAUAUAUAGUAUAUACACUAUACUAUAUCAUACUAUAUAUAUACGUAUAUACUAUACUGCAUUUUUAUCAGCAUUAGAAAAAAAUUGCUAUAUAAAAAAUAAUAAUAAAAAAAUCACAUUUAUUAUUAUUAUAUGCUUUAUGAUUUAGAUAUAGUUUGCAAAAAAGAGCAAAACAGUUAUAUGCAUUUGUAGUAAUAGUACAGUAUAUCAAAUGAUUUAAAUAUCAUUUAAAUAUAGAAUAGUGACAGUGGGUCAUUGAGAGAGCUAUGUAAAAUAGAGUAGGUAUAAUAAUGCAUAAUAAUAAUAUUUUCUACAACAUGUCACCUUUUACUGUUGCGUAAUUGGCAUUUGUGAUGUGUAUUUCCUCACAGUCUUUCAAACAUUUGCAGCAUUUCUUGAAAUUCUGCCUUUUCAACUGUAUUAAAGAGCAGCAUUUUUUUAGCAACAGCUUUCUGUGAACGCACACCGUUUUGCGCUGUUACGUUUGUAAUCACUUUGCCGACCAAAUGUUGGAGUGAAUGUUGACUGUCAUCUCCAUGUGUCGUUUCCCCCCACGCCACCCAGAUUGGAAAAGUCGGGUGGAUUUGUUGCUUCCACUUUGAAAUAAAAUCAUCACACUGCCUUGUUCGUGUUGAUGGGCUCACGUUG